AUGGAUAAAGCAACUCCUAACAUCGAGCUCGGUCAAAAGGAUGAUCCCAAUCCACCUCAAGCAGCCCCAAAACUCCCGGGAGUCCUUCGCGUGGAAGCAGCAGCUAGCAAGCUCACAACUCCCAAACGAUGGAUCUUCUUCACCAGCAUCUUCUUCUUCAGCUACGCCCAGAACCUUGCCUACCAGACACGAAACACCUACAUCCCUUAUGCUACAUCAUCCUUCGGGAAUCACUCCCUCCUAGCUACCGUCAUUGUCAUCCGUGAAGUCGUGGCCUCUGCUAUUCAGCCCUCGGUUGCAAGGCUCACUGAUGUCUUUGGCCGUAUCGAGAUCUUUACCCUCGCUGUCGUGUUCAGCCUGGUGGGGACCAUCAUACAGACGUACUCUGGAAAUAUCCAGACUUUUGCCGGUGGUGCUGUGCUGCAUUCGCUCGGGUACAGGAUCUCCAUCCUUACUAUUGAGAUCAUGAUUGCGGAUUUCACGUCUAUGAAGACAAGGCUGUUCUUUGCUUUUGUGCCCAACUGGCCUGCCAUUGUCAACAUCUGGAUAAGUGGAGAUAUCACAUCUGCUAUUCUCUCGGUGGCCUCUUGGAAAUGGGGAAUUGGCAUGUUUGCAAUCAUCAACCCGAUCUGCGCUCUGCCUCUCAUCAUCUUAAUGUUUAUCCUUGGGCGUCAGACGAAGCGUUCGAGACUGGAGCAGGAGACUUCCUCUUGGACAGCAUCUCUCAAAGCAAUGUUUUGGGAGCUUGAUGUCGUUGGCGUGCUGCUCUUGACGGCUGCCCUAGCUAUGACGUUGAUCCCUCUCACGCUGGCAGGUGGACAUAGUGCCAAGUGGAGGGAUGCCGGCAUCCUGACACCUCUCAUCAUAGGUCUUAUUCUUUUCCCCAUUUUCGCCAUAUGGGAAAUGAGAGUAAGUAACCCAAUGCUUCCAAUUCACCUCCUCAAGCAUCGAACCGUAUGGAGUUGUCUCGGCAUUAGCACUAUCUUCCCCUUUGCUUUCAUGGUCAUCGGAAGCUAUCUGUUCAGCUUGCUCGUGGUAUCGUACAACUUCACCAUCAAAGACGCUACCCGAGUGGCGUUACUCUAUCAGUUCUGCGCCAUCGUUGUAGGCUCUCUCCUAGGCCCGAUUGUCAUAAAGAUCCGGCGCCUCAAAGAAAUCAUCUUGUCUGGCAUUGUACUUUUUUUCGUCGGAUUCGGACUUAUCUACCACUUCCGAGGUGGCUCUGGGUCCAAAUCUGGAGUCAUUGGCGGAGAAGUCGUGAUGGGCAUUGCUGGCGGCCUUUUCUCUUGGCCAACACUUAUUCUCAUCCAGACCGUGGCUCAACACGAGUACAUUGGAGUCUUGAUUUCCCUCGUUUUCACUGCAAACGCUAUUGGCCAAGCACUUGGUAGUUGUGUGUCUGGCGCCAUGUGGACACAGACUCUGUAUAAAGAGCUUGAGAAGAACCUUGCACCAUUUGGCAAUGAUACGCUGGCCUCAGCUGUCUACGCAUCGCCUCUGACUGUUGUUCCCCAAUAUCCUUUGGGAUCGCCCGAGAGAGAGGCCAUGGUCAUGAGCUAUCGAUACAUCCAAAGAAACCUGAGUAUUGUCUCGUUAUGCCUCGUCGUACCUAUGCUUGUUCUCGGACUAUGCCUACAUAACCCUACACUUUCCGAUCAGCAAACCCAAGUGGAGGAAACCGUCGAACCUCCAAAGGUGCAGAAGCAGAAUACUGGUAACUAG